CAACUCUGUCGUCGUUGUUCUGCUGGCCUGGCCAUUAGCUGUACUGUAGCACCGACGGACUUGCUCGCUUCGACACUGCAAUUGCAUCGCCAGGCCUUUUUCGAAAAGAGCCUGGCUCUAAUACGCCAUGGCGUUCCUUUUCAAAUCCAAGAAGAACCAGCACCAGGAUAGAGGGCUGCAAAGUCGGGAAGGCCCUCCAGUUUCGGCACAGAACGCUGCCGCACGAGUUGCUCGGGACGAGAAGAGUUCUCGUGGGACGCCCACCGGAAGCCUGAACUCGCUUGACGAUGGUGGCAGCCCCGGUCAAGACCUCGAAAAGUAUGCCGUGCGCCGCGCUCCAGAACCCGCGCAGCAGCAGCAGCAGUCGACACCGACGCCGACGCCGCCUCCUUCGCAACCGCCGCAACAAGCGAGUGAUCUGCCGUUUCGCAACGCCGCCCCUCCCUCGAAUGCCAAUGCGUCGUUAUUCCCCUGGUCACAACGAAGACUGAAUUUCACAUCUUCGAUACCAAGUCCCUUUCCUCGCUAUGGAGCUGCGGUCAACGGUGUGUCCUCGAAAGAGGGAGACAUCUACGUCAUGGGUGGUCUUAUAAACAGCUCGACGGUCAAGGGAGAUUUAUGGAUGAUCGAAGCUGGCGGAUCCCUUUCAUGCUACCCACUCUCGACUACCGCAGAAGGGCCUGGACCCAGGGUAGGGCAUGCUUCCUUGCUGGUUGGCAAUGCCUUCAUCGUCUACGGUGGUGACACUAAGAUUGACGAGUCCGAUGUCCUGGAUGAGACUCUAUAUCUUCUCAAUACAUCCACCAGACAGUGGUCUCGGGCGUUACCCGCUGGACCCAGACCUACGGGACGAUACGGCCACUCCCUUAAUAUAAUAGGAUCCAAGAUCUACAUUUUUGGUGGUCAGGUAGAAGGGUACUUUAUGAACGACUUGGCUGCUUUUGACCUCAACCAGUUGCAGCUCCCGACUAACCGAUGGGAAAUACUUGUUGAGAAUAGUGAGAGCAACAUCUCACCAAAGGGUAAAGUUCCGCCGGCCAGAACGAACCACACCGUCAUUACGUACAAUGACAAGAUGUAUCUGUUUGGCGGUACCAAUGGAUUCCAGUGGUUCAACGACGUUUGGUGUUUCGACCCCGCUGCCAUUCAGUGGACUCAGUUGGAUUGCAUAGGCUACAUCCCUGUCCCGCGAGAAGGACAUGCCGCAGCUUUGGUUGAUGACGUUAUGUAUAUCUUCGGAGGCCGUACAGAGGAGGGCGCUGACCUUGGGGACCUGGCCGCUUUCCGCAUCUCUUCCCGUCGUUGGUAUACCUUCCAGAAUAUGGGCCCGACACCAUCUGCACGUUCCGGCCACAGCAUGACAACCGUCGGAAAGUCGAUUGUUGUAGUUGGAGGAGAGCCCAGCUCAGCUACCAACCAGGCCAACGACCUGUCUCUUGUCUAUGUCCUAGAUACAACCAAGAUCCGUUAUCCCAAUGACGCUCAGAUUCAGUCCAACACACAGAAGCUACAGCAACGAAGACCGAGUGGCAGCGAAGAGAAUGUGGUGCCUCAGCGUGCUGCGCCAUCACGCGAGGGCUCUAAUGGACCAGUUCAGAGACGUCCUCAGGAGGCUGGGCGUUCGGCCAGUCCUGCAAAAGCAGUCAAUGGAGCACAGCUGGAUGGAGCUGUUGCCGGGGCUGCGAAGACACCAAGAUCUGUCAUACAAGGGCCUCCUGGUCCGCCACCUCAAGGGCAACCUCCACGACCAACUGUCAAUACCGCCAUGUCUAAUGGAAGGGUACGGAACGCCUCCAUCGAGCGCAUAGAAAGAGAGGCAGGUGGUGGAUCUGGUGCAUCCAGCCCAAGUAUCCGCCAUCAAUCGCCAAUUCUGCGAGAGGUCAUCAAAGAGGAACCCACAAAGGAAGAGCCCCCGACCGUGGCCACCAACGGACGCCGUACCCCUAAUUCGGGUCGCAAGCCUGAGGCGAACGCCCCCGAAACUAGCACAAAUAAACCAACGCGGCAAACCCGUGGCCAGGGCUCGGUCGACAGCAACACUGAGCCUAAUAUGAAGACCGUCAUGAACCGCCCAUCGUCUCCGCCGCCGCCUGCCAACCAUAUCCGGCAAAAUAGCAACCCCCUUGCACGAAGGAGUUCAGGCAGGAAUUCGCAAACCGUUGCACUGCUCAAGGAGCUUGAUGCAGCACGAAACCGGAAUGCUUGGUACGCAUCCGAGCUUGAGCUGGCUCGCAAAUCAGGCUAUGCACCCAAUGCCGCCAUGAGUCCGACCUUGGAGAGCCGUGCCGAGAGCUUUGAUGAUGAAGACAGACCAUUGAUCGAAGCUCUGCUUGCGAUGAGGCAAGAGUUGGCCAACGUCCAGACCUCUGUUGACAAGCAAGCCGUGAUAGCCGCUAAGCAGAUUGCUGAGGCUGAACGUCAACGUGAUGCUGCUAUUCAAGAAGCAGUCUAUGCCAAAGCAAAAAUGGCAGCUCAGACAGGCAGCGCAUCUAGCACGCCGCAGCUGGACAGUGAUCGUGAUGACAAAUACCGGAAAGCGGAGACUAGCCGAAAGCUGGCAUCAGCAUUGAAUCUCCAGAAAGACCUCCAAAAUUCACUUGAACGAACCUCUUCAGACCUUAACGCUGAGAAACGUGCGCGUCAACUAGCGGACGAUACUGCAGGUGCUUCGCAAAAGCGUAUGACUGAACUGGAGACGUACAAGCAGCAGACUUCUCUCGAACUUCAAUCACUAAGAGCCGAGCUUCAUACAGCACAACGCGAAGCACGUGAGCAUGCUACCAAUGGCGCCGAAGCAGUUGCUGCUCUUGAGGCGCUCAAGGUUGACCACUCUGAUCUGCGGAGCAAGUUUGCGGAGGACGGCACUACCGAUAGAGACAUGGGCACAGAUCUGGACUCUCUCCGUGCAGCGGUCGCAGCAUCGGACGAUAUGAGGACUCAUCUGGAGUCAAAGCUCGACGAAGAACGGUCUAACCGGGAAACCAUCGAGUCGAAGCUGACAAAUCUGAAAGCUGAACACGAAGCGCAAACUGCCGAACUUGUGGCAGUCAGCCAACGCUUGCGUGAUGCCGAAGAACUGGCUGAGCGACACGCGAACGAAGCCAAGACCCACCGCCAGGCUGUUCUGUCCGGUUUGGACAAGAUCACGCAAGAGAGCACCAAAUCCAGGCAAGCAGACGCUGGUCGAAUCGCCGCACUGCAAACCCAGAUCAAUGCCGCCAACAAUCUUGUGAAGAAGUUCCAGCAGGAGGCUGACGCAGCGUCUGACAAACUGCGCAGUGCAGAAGAUCGCAUCGCUGGCCUUGAGGCCUACCAAGAGCAAUCUAGCAGAGAAGGCGUCACGAUUCGAAGACAACUACAAGCAGCCUUGAGGGACACUCAAACACUUCAAGCCAUGAACUCAGACCUGAAGCAUCAGCUUUCUAACCAGCAACUUGAGACCAAUGCCAUGAGCGUACAACAUAACACGCUCAAGGACAUUCUGACGGAAAGAGGUAUCAGCCCGACAGGUGUCGCGCGUGUUAGAAGCGUCAAUUCCAGGACCGAUUCACCCGCAACGAGCAAUCUUGAGCAGCAGCUCACCGAAGCCCGUGCAGCGAACGAUGACAUGAAACAGAACUUCGAGAUUCAAAUGCAGCAGACCGAGGCUACAUACCGUGAAAGGAUUACUCAGUUGGAAAGCGACUAUCAAUCAGCAGUGCACUACGUCAAGGGGACCGAGAAGAUGCUGAAGCGCAUGAAAGAAGAGCUUGCCAAGUUCAAGUCCGAAAAUGCUCGUCUAAAGAACGAGAAUAUCGAGCUUGAGGAGAGAUCUAUGAGCGCCGAAUCCAACGUCAGCUCUGCGCCCGCUGAUUGGGACAACCAACGCUCAACGCUCGAGAGGAAGAUCGAGGUUCUAGAGCAGCAACUCCAUGAGUCGUCGACUCAAUUGGAGCAACAGCUGGUCGAAGUACGACACGAGUUAGAGUCUACCAAGCUCGAACGCGACAGUGUCAAGCACGAGAGCGCUAGUGCAGCGGAACGCCUCACUGUCAUGGAGCAUGGUCUGGAGCAGUUGCAACAAGAGAAUGCGCUUCUUGAGAAGCGUGCACAAGAAGCAGAGCACAAAGUCGGGUUGCUCCUAGACCAGGUCGAGAAUUCUGUCGACAAUUACCGCCGCAGGAGUCGCCAGGCACCGAGUAUUACAGAAGCAGCACCUAGUGUGCACCAUGCCGGGCAUCAGCGUCAAGAGAGCUCCGAAGCUGGCAGUAUGUAUGGCGGACUAGGCGGAGUCAGCGGAGUCAGCGGACUGGGCGGGCUAGGCGGUGAUAGAAACAGCGCUGCGCUCGACAACCUGGCAGACGAGCUUGACCAGUUGCGGACAAAGUGGGAGGCGACAAACGAGAACUACCGCUUGUCUACAGCAUUCGAGUUUGAAUCCAGCAACAAGAAGAGCGAGGACAGCGUCGGACUUGGUCUAAGUGAGAGUCUAGCUGAUUGGCGCAAGCGACUUGACACCGAGGAGCAGGAACCCACUGGUCAAAACGCAAGACGUGUCUGAGAAAUUCUGUCAGACACCCAAUACAUCCACAACCGUACAUAAUUCGCAUGACGCAUACGGGUCCAAUCGGCAUGCACAACAAACCACUUUACGACACCUGCUGGGUAUUUCCCUGUUAGGAUUUCUACGACUAGUUUCGCAUUACGACUACGUUUGAUUUAUUUGUUUUUCUUUUCUGUAUUGAGGCGAUCAUCUGCAACACCCAC